AUGUCCAAGCAUAAGGAGCGGACGACACAGAAGGUCGAGAUUGUGGCAGCGGCACCAGGGAGUAUUGGAGAGGAUGGUGAGGUCCAGGUCAAGUACGUUAUGCUGCGGAAAAAGGUGCCGACGCUCAAGGCCGAGAUGCUUGUCGAAGAUCGUGGCUUUCCCUACGUGUUGAAGCACUUUCCCAAGCGUGCCAAGAUGAGCCGGAAGAAGGGUGACGAGCUGGCGAACCUCUCAAAGCUCCUUGGCGCCUACCAUGAUUGGGCGCACGACGUCUUUCCCAAGCUCGUCUUUCCGGACUUUAUCGACCGCGUCCGCAAGCUCGCCUCAAACGCCAUGGUCCGCGACCUUGUCAGUCGCAUGCGCUACCAGUCUGAGCACGGCGUGACUCGUGAAGAGAUGGACCUUGCUGCCGAGCCCACCGCCGAAGAGAUUCGUGCCGCUGCCCUCCUCGAUGGCAUUGCACCCAACAUGCUUUUCGGUGACGAGGGCGGCCUUGGUGGGUGGAGCGCCGUUCCGGAACAGCCGGCUGUCUCGACUGCGCCGACUGCGCGCCCCUCGGCCGCCAACCCCGCCGCUGAUGACGACUUUGAUCUCGCCGCCCUCGAGGCCAUGCGCGAGCUCGAGACCCAGCCGCCGGUGACUUCCCGCCCUGCCGCCAACCCCGCCGCUGACGACGACUUUGAUCUCGCCGCCCUCGAGGCCAUGCGCGAGCUCGAGACCCAGCCGCCGGCGACUUCCCGCCCUGCCGCCAACCCCGCCGCUGAUGACGACUUUGAUCUCGCCGCCCUCGAGGCCAUGCGCGAGCUCGAGACCCAGCCGCCGGCGACUUCCCGCCCUGCCGCCAACCCCGCCGCUGACGACGACUUUGAUCUCGCCGCCCUCGAGGCCAUGCGCGAGCUCGAGACCCAGCCGAGCAAUGUCGGCGCUCCGGCCGCUGAGGACGGGACGCCUGUUCGGCUCCCACGCCACUCGCGUGCCGCGCGCAUGAUGGGCCGCAAAAAGCGGUCGCGCUCGCCGGCCCAUACUGCUGCCUCCGAGGCCGAGGCCCGGCGCACUUCCAAGCGCUCGUCGCCGCUCCCCCUCUCGCCGUAA